AUGGCCGGCACGGCCUACAAGGCGCAACGAUUUAGUAUCGCAUCCAGCAACAGCAACGCCUCGCCAGCGGCCAGCUUGAACGCCAGCUUGAACGCCAGCUACACCAGCAUCGCCGACGCCUACGCCUUCGACUGGGUCGCCGUGGCCGCACAGCAGAGCUCCGUCGCGGACUCGCCCUGCGACCUCGCGCCGCGCGGCACCAAAGCCAUCGCCCUGGACGGGCAGCGGCAGUGUGCGCCACCAGCUUGCCUCCCGCGCGUGCCGACGCCAGUGUGGGCGAAGCCGAAGCGCCAACGGGCCGACUCGCCCAUGGAAGCGGCGGGGCCAGACGCCCUGGGCGAAGCAGCCACUGAGCCGGCCAGCCUGCUGCCCUUCAGCGCCGGUGCCUCCGUCGCGGCCGCCGCCGCGGCCUCGCGGGGCGCGGAGCGGCGGCCGCCGUGCAGCGGCGGCCUCGCGUCGCCGCCGCGGCCUCUCGGCGGUGGCGCGGCCGAGGAGCCGACCAGCGCAGAGGGCUCCCCCAGCAGCUCCGCGGGGCGAGGCGGCGAGAGCGAGAGGGCGCUGGCAGAGCUGAGGGAGGCGCAGGCGAGCCGCCGCCUCGAGGUCACCCGCAUCGGGGAGGCCCUGCGGCGCCGCGACGAGGAGCUGGGGGCGAUGCAGGCCAGCAUCUUCGCGGAGGUGCGGCAGGAGCGCGAGGUCUCCUCCCGCCUCAGGGCCGAGGCCGCCGAGGCGGCGGCGGAGCGAGAGGCUGCGGUCCGGCGGCUGCAGGACAGGCACGUAGAGGAGGCUGCGGCCACCACCAGGGCCCUGGAAGAGCAGCGCGAGGCGGCCCGGCGAGCCGCGGCGGAGGCAGAGCGCCGCCACACGGAGGCCCUGGCGGAGCGGGACGCGAGGAUCGAUCGCGGAGCUGGUGCGGAACAGCGCCCGGGGCUGCGCCGCCCCAGGGGAGGCGGCGGCGGCCUUCGGGUGCGGCAGCGAGGGCGCAGCGGCGGCCCUGCGGUGCGGCAGGGAGGGCGGCGCGGUGCCGUGCGCGCCGCCCACGGAGGCGGAGCCGCUGCUGCAGCAGUGGCAGGACGCGCUGCGCCUUCACGCGGAGGUGACGCUGCAACGCCUCAGCUACCUCAGGGGCCGGCUGGACCCCUCCGAGGCCGAGCAGGCCCAGCAGAGGGAGGACGAGGACCUCAUCGAAAGCUGGCAGGAGGUGGCGCGCCUGGGCUACAGGGCGAGGUGCGCCGUGCGGGGGGCCAAGAGGCAGAGCGGCCACGAGAGCCAGCCGCCUACCGGCGACUCGCAGUUUUCCUUCAGGGUGGAGCCGGACAGCCUGGCAGACAGGGCGCCCGUGCCGCAGACGAGUCAUGGCGCCGCCGCCAAGGCCCCUGCGGCUGA